AUGGGUGGAGGCGGUUUAGGUUUGGGUAGUUCUGUGUCCAAGAUCAUAUCAGAUAUGUUGUGGUUAGAGCCGGUGUUGUUAGAUACGGUAUCGUCGAUAUUAAGUUCAUUGUAUCUGUUAGAUGAUGCGAAAAUUGACUUGCUUUUUUUAAUCUUUUCGGUUGUUUGGCCGGUUGAUGUAACGGAGAGGUUACGUUUUGGUUUGGAUUUAACCAGUGUGAAGCCGGAGUCAUUUUCAUUAGAAUCUGAGAAUACGUCAUUUGACACACUCUGUAGGUCUGUACGUGGUCGGAAGAUAAGGUUCCGUGUGUUUUUGUUUCCAUUUAUAGGUGUAUUAUUUGAAUUAGGCAUUCCGCGAUAUCGGAACGCGGAACAGCAGAUAAGGCAGCCGCCGGCUGCGUGCCGGUGA